GCGAAUUUUCACGCGGUUCAACGAGGCGCGAUACCACAAUUCCGCUUGAUGAUACACGAAUAAAAUGAUUCUCUCCCAAUGGUAAAUUAGUAAGCGUUCAUGAUAAUAAUAAGCGCUUUACAUUCGGUAUCAGCGCAAUGAUAUUAAUUCGAAUAAUCCACAGCCAGCCAAGCAGUCUAUACAUUCGUACACAGUAGUAUUACGUACAGCAAUAUCGGUCAUCAGAUUAUAUACAAUCAAUCAGUCUAUCAUCAGUCUAUUCCCUGGUGAAUAACGCAGUCGGAGUUUCACGCGUUUCAUGCUUCGUACGAUUGAGUAUUUAUACCGCGACUUCCUACUCUUGACGAAUCAUAAAUAUCGGGAUUAACAAAGUGAUACGGUACUACGAUUACUUGUUAAGAUUGGACGACAAUGAUAGUAGCAUUAUAUCGCGUACAAAUGCAGUGAUCAUACAUACGAGUAAAUUAAUCCAAAUUGACAUAUACGAUUGUUAUUAUAUUCGAAAGAGAUAAUGGACCAAGAUAAAGACAAGGUGUUCGUCUACCCACUGGUUAGGUCGCAAACACGUGCUGCUACGUUUGACGCCUUACAACGGCAAUAUCUGUACACACGAACAUUUCGGUUGGUCAUUGUUACGGCUCUCAGAGGCUACUGUACUGACUCCUGGUGGUAUUGGUAGAAGAUUAGAAAGACGUUUGAAAAAAAGUGUUGAAGACAGAAACCAUACAAAGUGCAAUAACCUCGUUGUGUCGUACACAUAUCUGCGUUGUGCAUGUCGCUUUAAUAAUCGGAAUUCUGUUGGCAAUCGCGUGGACGUAGUCUUGGUGGUUCGUGACAAGAUUUUACCAGGUACCGUGUGCACGAGAGCAAAGAAACGAGAAUAGAAUGCGCGAUCGAUCCACCAGAGAAAACAGACGGAGUGCAUUCGUUUACGAUGGAGAAUAAAAUAAAUACGCGAACGCAGUGGAAACAAUGGAUGGCCUGCAUAUCAGCAACACUUUCCAUGGUGGCUGUUGGUACUGUUUACGGAUGGACUACGACGAGUCUCUCGAGACUGAUGGACGAUAAGGACGCGCCGGUUACAAUCAAUAAGGAUCAAAGUUCGUGGAUAGUUUCGUUGACAGUAAUAGGCGCCAUGAUUGGCCCAUUCCUUGGCGCCUGGAUGGCGGACGUCUUUGGCCGAAAACGAUCUCUGCUGAUCUCCAGUCUCUUCUACAUCGUUGGUUGGAUAAUAGUGAUCUUCGCGACGAACGUAGCGUCCCUCUACGUAGCCAGGAUUAUCCUGGGUAUGGGCGUCGGUAUAUCUUACACGACAAAUCCUAUGUACGUGUCUGAGGUUGCUGACAUGAACAUAAGAGGCGCUCUGGGCACACUAAUAGCUUUGAACGUGUUCACGGGUUCGCUGUUCACCUGCAGUAUAGCACCCUGGAUUAGUAUUCAACUACUGAACAAAAUCCUGAUCAUCAUACCUGUUAUCUUCGUUGCGACUUUCAUCUGGUUCCCGGAGAGCCCUUACUUCCUGGCGGUUAAAGGACGUCACGAUGAAGCAAUCAAGACCAUAGCCUUCUUCAAGGGCAUCACCGACAAGGAAGAAGCACGUGAAGAGUUGGAUUCUAUUUUAAGUCACAUCAACGAGACCACCGAUGAUUCUCAGAGCUGGAAGGAAAAAUUGAUUCAAUUAACACAGCCAAACAAUCGACAGGCCUUAGUUAUUGUGAUAGUUUUGAUAGGGGCCCAGCAACUCAGUGGCAGUUUUAGUACUAUACAAUAUCUGGGAACACUGUUUAAAGAAGCGAACAUUGGUAUAGACUCUGACAUAGCUACAAUAAUAGUAUUAGCUGUUGGUCUUGUAUCAAGUACCUUAUCGACCAUGACGGUGGAAGGUGCUGGCCGUAGGCCCCUGCUCAUGAUCUCGAGUCUCGGUUCAGCUUUCACCCUAUUAAUCCUAGGAAUAUAUUUACUCUUGCAAACACACGGCAUCGACGUCUCAGUGGUAAAUUUACUCCCAGUCUUUGACGUCAUCCUGUUCCAAGUGGCCUAUCCGUUUGGACUGGGUACGUUGCCUAACACUCUUAUCGGCGAACUUUUCCCCUCUAACGUUAAGGGUAUCGCUGGCGCCACGGUCACCAUCUCCGACGGUAUUCUUGGAUUUGCUGUGUCAAAACUCUAUCAAGUCAUUGGCGAUGCACUUGGCACGCACUCAGUGUAUUUCUUCUUCUCGGGAUCUUGCGUGCUCGCCUUUGUCUUCGUUUUGAUCUGUAUUCCUGAAACCAAGAGGAGGACCUUCAAUGAAAUUCAGGAUCUUCUCAAGAACAAUAGGCUCCAGUGCGGUAGACGAAGGAGUACUGUGUGAUUAAAUUAGUCGAAUCAUGAAAUAUUCAACAGACGUCAAUUUUGUACAUAUAUUAAAAUGUCUUAGAUAUAAUUUAUGGAGGAUGACGAUAAACUGCUCCAUAGACUUUUGUACAGUGUA